UGUCCAAUGUCUAAAUACAAAGCACCAAUUCAUAGGUUUAUGUUUAUGGAGCUAUAUGCAAUUUUACCAAAGAAGAGCACCCUCACAGCAAAACUUGAAAGGGGAAUAUAAUAUGCUGGUUGCGAAGGCUGAGCCCUAAACCAAGCCAGCAGCGAAGCGAAUUCGAAAAAGCUGAAGAAACCCUAGCUGUACAAGGCAUCGGAGUCUCUGCUUCAGUAGUUGAUUUGUGUGUGAGGAGUUACUAUUAUUUGCUCGGGUAUGUGUUUACUUCACGCGUCGGUGUAAUUCGUUACCGGAUUCGGGUUCAUGAUUGGAAUUUUACCUUUUAGCAUUCUAAUUAUGCGUGUUUUAAAUUAGGCAUUGUAUUAGAUUUCCAAUUCCAAGCUUUCGAAUGUAAAGCUAAUUGUAUCAGUAAAUUUUGUUUGAAUGCAAUUCGUUGAUGUCGGUUAUGACCAAUUUGACCAAUUUUAAAGUGGUGGGAAAUUCCAGAAUCAGGCCAAAAUUAGUGGUUUUAGGGACCAAUACCCCAAGUUUAAAACCUUAAGAAGUAAUGAGAUACUAGUUUAUUUGUAUUUUGUGUCAACCAUUUAUGUAAACUUGAAAGAACGAUUUCAAAAUGGAUAACAAGUUGAGGUAUGAUUACAAACAGCAUUACCUGGUGUAAGUAGGCCAGUCAUUUUGCUUUUCGUGGUCUUCUGGAGUGGGAGAUUUAUGUUGAAUGCAAAUCCACAUGUAUUCUGGGUCUUCUAGUUAAAUUUAAUGAACUAUUGCAAUGCGAGUCUUUUUUUUUGCUGACAAUAGUCCAAGAAAAGGCCUAGGGAAAGAGGUGUCUAUUAGUUUGUUUUGUAUACACUUUUCUUUCAAAGCCCUCGUGCAUAUUUACUGGUUUUUAAACAUGUCUUUUUCCAUAUCAUUUCCCCACAAAUUGCUUCCUGGUGGAUAGCUGGCCAUAGUGGCAAAAUCAUUAGCGAUUCUUGUUUGUUCAGGCCAUUUUGUUCUUUUACAAAUAAACGUUUUACCUCUUACUGAUAUAAAUAUCAUGUCAGAAAGGGUAAUCAAUACUGGAUCCCUGAAUGUAUACAUAUUUUCCAGGACCAUUUUUUCUGCAGCGUAAAGAGGUCUAAAUAAGGUGAAUACAUCAGUAUAUGGCAUUAUUGUCUCAUUUCAUGACACACGCUUUGUUUAUGAUAGAUGUCAAGCGCUUGGACAAAUAUGAGCGUUGCAAUCAUACAUAGGGAUGUAGAAUGGGAGUGGGAGAAGUCAGGGUGGAGUUUUUGGUAUAUUUAUAUAAUUGGAAGUACUUGCUCGCUCUCUGGAGAGUAUUUGAUCUGGCAAAAAAUUAGAGGAUGAGGAGAUCAUAUUUUAAUUCAAAUAAAUAAUUGCUUUGGAGUAUCUUGGAGCAUAUGAGCAACGGAGCUUGUGGAGCACUGCUCACCUCAAGGAUUGCUCUCUUGGUUUGCUUCAUAAGUUUUGUUCUUGUUUGAUUUUUUCCCUUCAUGUCAAACCAUUCAGAUGAUGACGAAGACAUAUAGGGUUACCUAAGCUGGCACUGUUAACUGCUAUAACUUGUCUACCCAUUCAUAAGUGUUUUCCAUCUGCAGAAUUUUUCUUUGACUUCACCUACAAAGACCAAAAAUGAGUGGCCGAUUCUCUCGCACCAUCUAUGUUGGAAACCUCCCUGCUGAUAUCAGGGAAUCAGAAGUCGAAGACAUAUUUUACAAGUAUGGUCGCAUCUUGGAUAUUGAACUGAAGAGUCCACCUCGUCCUCCUUGCUAUUGUUUCGUUGAGUUUGAGAAUGCUCGGGAUGCUGAAGAUGCGAUAAGGGGCAGAGAUGGCUAUAACUUUGACGGCUGCCGUUUGAGGGUUGAACUUGCUCAUGGUGGCAGAGGACCAUCCUCUUCUAGUGACCGUCGUGGUGGUGGUGGUGGUGGUGGUUAUAGUGAAAGGGGAGGUGGUGGGGGAGGCGGUGGUGGCAGCGGUGGUGGCAGAUUUGGUGUGUCCCGCCAUUCUGAUUAUCGAGUGAUUGUGCGUGGGCUUCCUUCUUCUGCUUCUUGGCAAGAUUUAAAGGAUCAUAUGCGGAAAGCUGGUGAUGUGUGUUUUGCUGAAGUUUCCCGAGAUAGUGAAGGAACGUACGGCCUAGUUGAUUAUACUAAUUAUGAGGACAUGAAAUAUGCUAUGCGUAAGCUUGAUGAUAGUGAGUUCAAAAACCCUUGGACCAGAACUUAUAUCCGGGUGAAGGAAUACAAGGGCAGUCCAUCCCGAAGCCGAAGCAGGAGUCGCAGCAGAAGCAGAAGCAGAAGCCCGAGGAAGAGAAGGUCACUGCCCAGAUCAGCUUCAAGAUCACCCUCAGCUUCGCCUGUCAAACCAUCUCGACCCAGAUCGAGGUCCAGAUCAAGAUCAAGGUCCAAAUCGAGGUCUGCAUCUCCACUUCCGGCGAGGUCCGGCAGUGCCUGAUUUGGUGCGGGACGAUGGCUUCAGCUGAAACUUCGUUUGACAUCGAAAAUUAUUAGAACUUGGGGAUGUUUGUUAUCGAAUUAGAGAUCUAGUUUAUUCACAAUUUGAUUUUCGAUGGAGAGAUUUGUUUGGCUUUAUGGUUUUCUGCGACUAGAUUUACUUUAUUCGCAUUUGGAUUAGUAUUGUCAUUGCAGUGUUUCUAAGUGUUUUCUGUCAUUAGUUAAAACAAACAGUAUCUAGACAACUUUGAAUGUUAUGAAAUUACUACUGUGGACA